ACGGUUACGGAGAGCACCACUUCGGAGGCGCCCACGGACCAGACGCCCGUCAGUGAGCCGGCCGUGAAGCUGGUCCACGUCCUGAAUCCCGGCGAGCGGGAGUACCUGUCCCCCAACCUGAUCGGAGUCCAGAACAUAGCCAUGACCUUCCUGCCGCUGUCGAUGAACUUUGUGAACAUCAUCGACGCCUUCAGGGAGAUCACCAGCGGGGUGCGCUACGAGAUCCUCCUGAACGCCGUGGACACCAAGGUGAAGCAGCCGGAGGAGGCGGACACCAUCUGCCGGCUGGUGAUUCUGGAGAAGCCCUGGCUGAGGACCCAGUGGGGGGACAAGCACCGCGAGCUGGUCACCUCCAACUGCAGCGACUCGUCGGAGAACUCGCUCACCGGCGGCGAAGAUCCGGCGGAGAGGGCGAGGCUCCUAAACGAGAAAUACAUCUCUCGCAGCAGACGAAGCAUCAACGACGUCCUCGUGGGUGACCACAAGCCCUACGAUGAAAAGCAGGCCAGAGAACAGUUGCAGCGAUCCCUGAACAAGCUAACCGAGGGCGAGGGUCCUCACUACAAGAUCCUAAAAGUUUACUCGGCUUCCCGCCAAGUGGUUUCCGGCACACUGACCCGCAUCGAUGCCGACUUGCUCGACAGCUCGGCCACGCAGCAUCGCUGCAUUGUGGAGAUCUGGGCCCAGCCCUGGUUGACGCAGCACGAGGUCAUCUUCAAGUGCCGCAAUCAGCCAGUGGUCCAUGCCAGACACAGCCGAUCGGCCGAGUGGGCCGAGAAGAAGACGCACAAGAAGCACAACCAUCACUCUCUGGACAAAGUCGAGCACCUUUUCCACAAGUUCCAGGUGCGCUUCGGACGCCGCUACGUGAGCUCCGCCGAGCGGCAAAUGCGCCUGCGGAUCUUCCGCCAGAAUCUGAAGACCAUUGAGGAGCUGAAUGCCAACGAGAUGGGCAGUGCCAAGUACGGCAUCACCGAGUUCGCCGACAUGACCAGCACCGAGUACAAGGAACGCACAGGGCUCUGGCAGCGGGAUGAGGCCAAGGCCACUGGCGGAUCACCGGCGGUGGUGCCUGCCUAUUCCGGCGAGCUGCCCAAGGAGUUCGAUUGGCGGUCCAAGAAGGCCGUCACCGGGGUGAAGAACCAGGGACAGUGCGGCUCGUGCUGGGCCUUCAGUGUGACGGGCAACAUCGAGGGCCUGUACGCCUUGAAGUACGGCGAGCUGAAGGAGUUCUCCGAGCAGGAGCUCCUCGACUGUGAUACCACGGACAGCGCCUGCAACGGCGGCCUCAUGGACAACGCCUACAAAGCCAUCAAGGACAUUGGCGGGCUGGAGUACGAAGGCGAGUACCCUUACGAGGCCAAGAAGAAGCAGUGCCACUUCAACAAGACCUUGUCUCACGUCCAGGUUAAGGACUUUGUCGACCUUCCCAAAGGCAACGAGACCGCCAUGCAGGAGUGGCUGGUCAGCAACGGUCCCAUCUCCAUUGGAAUUAAUGCCAACGCCAUGCAGUUCUAUCGCGGCGGCGUCUCGCAUCCCUGGAAGGCACUCUGCUCCAAGAAGAACCUGGACCACGGUGUUCUGGUCGUCGGCUAUGGCGUCUCCGACUAUCCCAACUACCACAAAACCCUUCCCUACUGGAUUGUAAAGAACUCGUGGGGUCCACGCUGGGGCGAGCAGGGCUACUAUCGGGUCUACCGCGGCGACAACACCUGCGGCGUCAGCGAAAUGGCCACCUCGGCUGUCCUGGCCUAGACCCGGGUGGGAGCCACCUUAUAAACAAAGCAUAUGACUAUAUCUAGGUUUAAUAUUCGUGGCCGUAACUUUGUGUACAAUCUCCUUCUAUGUUCUUCAACUGACGUGAUUGAAAAAUUUAAUUAAGUUCCAAAGCUUUCGCAUGUAGCUCACCCUGUAAUCAUUUUGGACAUCUGUAAUCUCAUGAAAAAUCCGCAUACUACCAUAUUCCGCUUUUAAACAAAAAUAUACAUCAAUUGUACAAGAA